CAAAUCUGUUGUUCAAACGAAAAGUAGCCAUAGCCACAAGCAGCUAGUUAGUGCUUUGUUUAAUUCGUUUUUAUGAUACUGAUCAUAUUUAUUAGAUACUUAUGAGGAUCUAAUUUUCAUACAUGAAUGUGUAUUGGGUGGUUUUGAUAUACAUAACCAGGAAGUAAAAGUGAACGAUAUGACCGAAUAUCUACUUGAAACAUAAUGUUGUCAAUCUGUAUUUAAUAAGGACAUCACGCGUCCUAUCUAAACAAAGACUAGUCACCCGAUGUCCCACGAAAAUAUUUGUCAUUUCGUAUAUUGGCACAUUUAAAAGGAAGAUCUGUUCUCCUCUCAAUACCGUUUACAGAGCACUAUUGUGUAAGCUGAUACAACACAAACACACGCACACACACGCGCACGUACACACACAAAUAUACACAUAUAUUAAAAUCUACAGCGACAUUACUUGUACAAUACAUGUAGGGUUAUAGCCUUUUAGCCGUGUAACCUCUCACGUGACAAUCUGUUAUUUGCUUCCUGAUACACCUGUUAUAACUCUGUGUUUUCUGUCCUUGGUAUAACUGGGAUUAUAACAAUCGUCACUAACCUACAUGUGCAUGCAGUUAAUGACCAUGGAGAAAAUGCGUAACAGAUAAACUGCUGCUUCCUACCUGAUCCCUACAGUAUUCACGCAUGAGCGGGUGAGGCGGCUGACUUUGUGUGCUGGCGAUUAGGUGCCUGACUCUGAGGGUGUGGGUUCGAAUCCCGGAUGGGACUCUACCCAACAAAUGUACAAAAUCUGUACUUUACUGAGAAAGUGUAAUCCCAAAUAUACCAUAUGUUACGUGUCAUAACCAUACCUCUCAUACCUGAUAACGAGUGACCGGAAGUGAAUUAUUGUUACAUUACUUGGUAUAUAUACAAUCAAAAUGGCAAAGAAGGUAUCACAUAAAGCCAGCAACACCGACGUGACGUAUACUAACUACACGGACCAUAAUAUCAUAUCAACGUCAACACAUUCCAUUCUCCAAAUGGGAAACAUUUGUACAGCCUACACCAUCAACGUCACCCGGGACUUCUUGGACGCCAUCAAAGACAAAGGUGGAAGUCUGACGUUUUCAGGGUCGGAACAACCACUGCUACGGCUGAAUUGGAAAGGAAACAUAGACGUCUCCCAAGCCUGCAUCACGAAGUGGAAGGUGAAUGUAUUGUCAGUUUUCAAGGGAUGUAAGAGUGCGAUUCUGCAGGAGAUCUCCAAAGACAUAUUUGAUCCUCUCCGCCGAGAGAUCAUCGAACGAAUAUAUCAAGAGCACGACGCCCUGCUGUCAGCUUUACUUGGUGGAAGUUUGAUAUUUGUGUUCAUGCACAGAAACAGAAAUGAUGCAGAUAAGAUGAUCGAGAAGAAACACGAGAUAAACAAGAUCUUCCAGCAACUCAUCGGAAAUAUUGGCAACAGGGAGGUUAAGUUUGCUCUGUCUGCUGAAAGGGAUGUCGGGUCACGACAAUGGAUUCAAAGUUCGGUUGAGGAACCCAGUGGGAAUUAUCCAUCGGAUGACAGAAGCGAGUCACACAUACCGAGUAGCAGGAUUGACGGUAUUGAGAUGGAACUGAAGCAGCUUCGAGAGGCAGUGUCUGAAAUGAAGAACAUACUGCAGAAAAUGUCGGACAAGGUCCUCAGCGAAACUCACGCGUCGAAGUUCACACCAAUGAGUCAGACAGAAGAACAGCUGACGACCAUUAUACUACCGGAGAAGUACAGUCUAGAUACUUCUAUAGUUCCAGUACCAGAUAUACCUGUGGCACCAGCAACCUUAUCUGCGCCUGGGCCUUUCGUUGACACACGUGCAGCAGAAGAUGGUGUCAUGGGAUCAAGGGUGUCCUGUGGUAAAACAAAUUUGAUGACGGAAGUUUCAGACCAACAUGACCAAACGGAACCAUCACAUGCUGAAUCCAAACCACUGGAUCAAAGAGAUAAAAUACAACGAAAAGAGGACAUCACCGGAAAAGAAUCUUUAAGGGAAAUCCCGGAACACACACGACAACAGAACAGACUUGAUCAGGCAAUAGCAAAGAACUAUGAACGCGCAGAAAUGUUGUUAAACAACCUGCAGGUCUAUAGCGCAGGGCAGGAUCAACAUAACCCCAGAGUCAACCGUCUAGCAAUUUCUGUUGCUGUUGCAUUAGAACAAGAAGACCCAAAGCCACCUAAAGCUAAGGCACAGGACAGCGUGUUGUGUUUGGACGUUUCUGAGAGCUUGGGACAAGAAGGGUUUGAGGAAGUGAAGCAAGCAGCACACAAGUUUGUAGAUGGUAUAGAGGCGAUGGCGGAGAAGCACGGAUUGGAGGAGAAUCUGGCCUUGGUCGUAAUGGGAGGAGGUGCCAGGGUGGUCAGACAACUGACCAAUGACUACACCGCUAUUAGAGACGCAAUCGAUGACCUCUUCAUGGGAGGAAGAAGUCCUAUUUUCGAAGCUUUGGUGGUUUGCAUUGCUGCUAUUAAAGAGAAAGGAGGAACACUAAGCAUAGGUGGUGUCCACAACCUCAAGCCAAGAAUUAUCUUCCUGACUGACGGAUAUGCCACAGAUGACUCUGUUGUUGAAGGGUCUGACCUUACGGAAGUGAAUCAAAACACCCGGAUUCAGAUACUACAGUUGAACGAUAUCAUUAGUUCCCGUGAAACGGAUCCAGUGGUUUGGGUUGCAGUAGGGAACGCUGACCGACAUUUCCUAAGUGCGUUGUCAAAACCUGUCGAUAGGACAUUUGUGGCAUGCAAGAACAUUGAAAGUCUCUGCAAGCAUUACAUGCUACAGGACAGCAUAGGUAAAAUCUACAUCCAUAUGAAAAACAGCAAGUUCGAAGAAACGCCAGAGACAAUUCAACAGGUUGUCGGAGCUCUGACUGGAGACAUGGACGAAGAAGAUAGGGAUCUUGUUAUCCAAGGCGUUCAACAAAAACUCGACUUUUUCGAAGUACCAGAUCCGGAUGAAAAGCCUACCGACUUCCAUAAUGUACAUGAAGUGAGUGAGUUGCCUCCCCUUGGUACUCGAGUUGUCCGAGGUCUUGAUUGGCAGCAUGAAAACCAAGACUGUGAAGGACCCGGGACUAUCGUCAAUCACGCGAAUGACAGAUAUAUGCUAUGGGUGUUGUGGGACGUCAACGGCGUCUGCUGCCGGUACAGUUAUGGCCAUGAUGGGAAAAUGGACGUCGUCGAAGUAGAGGACCAGCCACGCUUCUUGCUGCAGGAUGAAUUCAUAGAAAUCGGAGUCAGGGUCAAACGAGGAGUGAACUGGUCCUACGGAGAUCAAGAUGGUGGAGAAGGGAGCAGCGGAGUUGUCAUUAGAAAACGUGAGGAUGGUGUUGUGAAGGUAAAAUGGCAAAAUGGAAAUCUGGAAGCUUACAAAUAUGGAUUGGACGGGAAAAUGGACGUUGCUGUCUGUGAACCGAACGACUUUAUGAAAGUACGAAGCAGUUCCCAAGAUGUUACUACAAGUAGAGACAGAGCAAGCAUCGCAGAUGUGGGAUAUGCAACCGCAAGUGAUGAAAGGCCCAAUAUAGUCUGGCAGUGGCAAGAUGACAAAGCGAAAUGGCACCUGUACAGUGACUCACAUCGGGACAAACUGGAGAAGGAGUUCACCAGGAAGCCCUCGGGGUCAUGUGUCCUUCAGAUGGAGAGAAGGAGCGUUCGUGUCCUCUUUAAACAUCCCAUGAUUGCGAAAGAAGUUGGAGGUGGAUCUAGUUGUGCAGUCACACGAUCAGCUGUAAGUCACGCUGAACUUCGUGAGCUGAAAGGAGAAUAAAUAGUGAACAAGGUUUCAUUGGUAUCUUUUGCCAUUCUGCCAGAUUCCCUAUGCUCCACAAAGAACAAAGUGCCUUUUGAGACUGCGAUCAAAAUGCACAUUUCACUUGCAAAUGUACAUUGUAUUUAUAUGCAAGCGCUCAUUUAUCAAAUCAGUAGCUUUAUAUAUAUUUGCAUUUUGGAAAAAAUAUUGUAUUGUACAUGUUGUCUUAUACCAGUGUGAUUAUGUCUAUAAUACAAGUUUUGGAUGAUAAAUAUGAUAUGGAAAAUAUUACUUAUGUGAUAAAUUGUUCAUUGCUGAACAAGUCUCUUGUAAACUUCAUUUAUUAAAAUGACCAAAUGUCUCCAUAUGUCUCCAACCAAAGUGCAUCCCUCUUAAUGCAUUGAGCAAACAUACGAUGCACCACCUCUUAUCACCCCCAACACCCCAGCGGGAUAAUAACCGUUAUCUAUAAAUUCAAUUAAAAGUCCAACGGAGGUGGAUCUUACGUAUGUACAUGAGCACGUGUCGGUAACCUCGCUCCACACGGAGUAAUGUCUGUAUCCAUAACGAUUGCUGACACGCACAGUCGGAGAGAUCAUUGACUGAGCGAACGGAUUGCACGACUUCUCGUGGUGUCAGUCAAGGCUGUCCCAUUCUGCAUGAGUGUGACAGUGACAGUGCUGGUCACUCGGUCCCGGUGUACGUUCUAUUUAUCAUCAACUGGUAGGAUUUCAACCACUAUUCCCCAACAA